AUGCCGAAGGUUUCUGUGGGUAACAAGUUCCGUAUGACGCUCGGUCUCCCGGUCGGUGCAGUGAUCAACUGCGCCGACAACUCGGGUGCGAAGAACCUGUACGUUAUUGCCGUCGUCGGUGUGGGUGCCGCUCUCAACCGUCUGCCCGCCGCGGCUGCCGGUGACAUGUUCGUGGCUUCCGUCAAGAAGGGUAAGCCCGAGCUCCGUAAGAAGGUCCUUGCCGCUGUUAUUAUCCGCCAGCGCAAGCCGUGGCGCCGUCGUGACGGUGUCUUCCUCUACUUUGAGGACAACGCUGGUGUUAUUGUCAACCCCAAGGGUGAGAUGAAGGGCUCGGCCAUCACUGGCCCUGUUGCCAAGGAAUGCGCUGACCUCUGGCCGCGUAUUGCCUCCAACGCCGGUACCGUGGUUUAA